AUGCCCCGUCCAACAAAUCGUUCUGAGGUCCUCGGGCGACUUCGCAAAGUCAUCUCGGGUGGCGGCAUCAUCGUCGGGGCAGGGGCUGGUAUUGGUCUUUCUGCCAAAUCGGUAGAACAGGGCGGAGCGGACUUGAUUAUCAUUUACAAUUCUGGGAGAUUCCGAAUGGCAGGCCGAGGCUCCUUGGCGGGUCUGAUGCCUUACAGUGAUGCAAAUGCUGUUGUGGUGGACAUGUUUGAAUUGACAACUGUUCAGGCCAAGGAAAUUCUACCGAUUGUCCAAAACACCCCCGUGCUUGCAGGUGUAUGCGGAACAGAUCCUUUCAAAAACAUUCCUGAAUUUCUAGGCCAACUGAAGGAACUGGGGUUUUCAGGAGUCCAGAACUUUCCCACUGUGGGCUUGAUUGACGGAAACUUCCGGAGGAACCUUGAAGAGACGGGAAUGGGAUACGAUAAAGAGGUAGAGAUGGUCCGUGUUGCUCGAGAAAUGGAUAUUUUCACGACACCGUAUGUUUUUAAUGUCGACGAGGCAGAGCGGAUGGUUCGCGCAGGCGCUGAUGUCCUUGUGGCGCACGUUGGACUGACUACCUCUGGAACUAUUGGGGCGGAGACGGCAUUGUCACUGGAUGAUGCUGUGAAAAUUGUCCAAGACAUUCGCGAUGCUGCCGUUAAGAUCAACCCGGAGAUAAUCGUUAUCUGCCAUGGUGGGCCCAUCGCAGAACCAAAGGAUGCGGAAUAUGUGCUCAAUCGUACCAAGGGCGUUCACGGGUUUUUCGGGGCCAGUAGCAUGGAGCGAUUACCGGUGGAGAUUGCUAUCAAGGAGAACGCCCAGGCGUUUAAGAACUUGAAGAUUGGCCGGAAAAAUGACGUUGCUGCCAGCCACAGCCUGGAAGACGGCCCAAUCACAUACACUUUGGUUACUCCUCGCUUGUCAACCCCUGCUUUUGCGUCAUCUCAUCAGGUCGACCAUCAUACUGCAUGGUUGUAUUACACUCCCAGUGAAUAUAAAGGAGCAGCCCCUUCUUGUCCCCCGAAUUUGACUUUAUGUGCGAUUCUCCCCGUCCCCUAUUGCAUCUCGCCGGCUAUCAAGCGGUGGCCGUCAACAUCAUCAAGCAAUCGACGUUGUGAAAAUCCGCCAUUCGCCAGAGAAGGCCCUGCUCAAGCCACAGAUGAGGCUUGGCUGGAACACAGCGAAGAAGAUCGACUGACUGUAUCGUAUGGCAUAUACUUUUGUUGGUGGCCGCCAAUAGAGUCUGGCCUCAGGCCCAACACCGCCCCCUCUGCGACUGCCAACCCCGCCUCUUGGCUUGGCUCUUUCCUCUUAUCUUCUCGCUCUCGCCCCGUCAACUCACUCAGUCACUCACCCAUCGGUCGCUGGUCCAAUUUUUGUGAUUCUAUCGUUUGGUCUGCAGCGACUACUUCUCCUUUGCUUGCUGAACUCCCUGCCAUGUCAUACUAUGAUCCCCGAGAUCGUCGGGCCUAUCGUGUCAAGCGCGACAGGUAUUCCCGUCCAGGCGGCGGUUAUGUGGAAGAAACCUACGUAGACAACCGAGGUGGUUAUGGGUAUGACCGUGACUACGACAACACACGUCUCAUCCGUCGUGGCGACAGUGAAGAGUCUGUAGUCGAGGAAGUACCCAGAGACUUUCCACCCGGUGAGUACUACUAUGGCAACCCAGGACCCCGUCGGGCUGCAACCGCACGGCGAGCACGCUCUGUCGGUCGUGACCCUUACUACGACGAUGAAUACUAUCGCCGCGAUGACUACUAUCGGCCCCGCAGAAGCAGACGCUACGAUGAUCGACGCGACCGCUAUGAACGACGUUCUUCAUACUCGUCCUCUCGCAGCCCUUCGCCUCGUCCCCGUAGACGCAAGUCCUUUGGAGAAGACGCUCUAGGUGCUAUUGGAGGAGCUCUUGGACUCAAAGCUGCCCGUGACCACUCUCGUGACCGUUCCAGCGACCGUGGCCGUCGUCGUCGAUACCACUCAGACUCGCGAUCCCGCAGCCGAGGUCAUCGUGCUAAAAGUGAAGGUCGCAUCGCUCAAGCCAUGCAAGCCGCCCUAGCAGCCGGUGCAGCAGAGGCAAUUCGCGUCCGUAAAAACCCUGGACCCUGGACAGGGGACAAGGGCAAGCGUGUCUUGACUGCGGCCGUCUCAGCUGGAGGUGUGGAUGGUCUGAUUGAUCGCGAUCCUAACAAACACGGUGGCCGCCAUGUCCUGGAGUCAAUCCUUGCUGGAAUGGCUACCAAUCACUUCGUCAAUGGAUCCCGGUCCAAGUCGAGAUCUAGACGCGAUACUCGAGGACGGUCUCAAAGUGGCAGCGGAAGCAUCAGAAACCUGGCUGCUGCAGGUGUAUUAGCUGCCGCUGGCAAGCAAGCCUACGACCGAUUUUCUCGAUCUCGAUCUCGCGGACGCGAUCACUCUGCUGACUCUCAAGACAGUCGCGGUGAUGACGAUGGCCGAGGGUCCAAGAAGCGUGGUUCGAGCGUAUCUCGCGCUAUAAACAAAGGGUUGGCUGCACUCGGAUUGGAUGACAAGAAUCAACGUGAUCGGGCGAGGUCCUCGGAUCAUUCUGAUUCCGAAGACGAUCGUUCAUACCGGUCAUCUGGGCGUCGAAGGAGGUCUUCUCGUGAUGUACGUUCCCAUGGAAGUAGUAGUGGCAAUGGCUCCACCUCUCGAGCUGUAGCCAAGCGAACUGGGUCUCCAAAUAACAAUGUUGCGUGCCACAGUGAUUGUGAUAGUGAUUCUGACCUUGGAUCCAGUGACGAUGAAAAACGCGAAAAGAAUAAGAUGCUCCGAAAAGAGCUCAUUACAGGAGGUCUUGCGACAGUGGCUACGAUACAUGCAGCACAUAGCGUUAUGAAAAACAUUGAGGCUCAGAAAAAACGACGGGAAGCUGUAAGGGAGGGAGAAAUUACCAAGGAACAGGAACGUAAGAUGCAAUGGAAAGCAGAUUUGCAGAAUGUGGCUUCUAUCGGGUUAGCUGCUCUCGGUAUUAAGGGAGCUGUUGGCGAGUGGAAAGAAGUACAAGAACAGCGAAAACAGCACAAAGAGUUCGAGGAAAAAUGCAAAGAACGCCAUGAGAAGCGAUUACAACGUCGAACCCAGAGUCUUGGUGGGAGAAGACCGUCGCGACGUUCCCAAUCUGCCAGUCCGUAUGGCUACUCAGGGCCGCACUAUUAUGACAGCAAUCCGUAUGGCGCAGAUAUUCCUGUUGACUUCUAG